AGCUGUUGGAAUCAAAUCAAAAUUCACUAUUUUUUUUUCAUUUCGACUGCUGCGGAGAAAGUGGUUGCCGAGUGUGUGGUGCAAGAAGUCGUUCUGUUUUCUUUUCCACACACUCGGGCUGCAGAUCCGCACGAGGAUGGUGGUCAGCAGCUCCAGAAUCUUAACAACGUUCUUCAAGAUGCCAAUUUGAUGGGUUGUGCAAGAGGCAGUGCAUCUUGGACGAGGCUGCAGCGGACCAAUAACUGACCGAGCCAUAAACGAUCGACCACAACCAUGAACCAGCAGGUCAUCGAGAAACUGGCACCACCGAUCGAGGCAAAGCGGGCCAAGAAGUUUGCCGACACCUUUGUCUGCACCUACAUUAUUUCGGUUUUUGCUGCUAGCUGUGCCGAACUUGUCACUUAUCCGCUGGACUUGACCAAAACGCGACUGCAGAUUCAAGGCGAAAAGGGCGGAACUCAUGGCAAGUACCGUGGAUUUUUGGCCACUACGGUGGGCAUUGUGCGGGAGGAGGGCUUCUUCAAGCUGUGGUGCGGCCUCACCCCAGCCAUUUAUCGCCAUGUUGUCUACUCGGGAGUGCGCAUUGUCACCUACCAGAUCUUGAGGGAGGAAGUGCUGCUUAAGGAUCCUGAUGGCUCCUUCCCCCUCUGGAAAUCAGCAACCUCAGGAGUCUGCGCAGGCGCCCUCGCCCAGUUUCUCGCCAGUCCAGCUGACCUGGUCAAGGUGCACAUUCAGAUGGAGGGCAAGCGUCGACUGAUGGGAGAACCACCUAGGGUGCAUAGCGCUUACCAUGCAUUUACCAAAAUUUUGAACAAAGGAGGAGUGCGAGGCCUGUGGAAGGGCUCGAUUCCCAAUGUGCAAAGGGCCGCUCUAGUCAACCUUGGAGACUUAACAACCUAUGACACCGCCAAGAGGCACAUUAUGAAACACACAAACCUUCCGGACACCGCAUUUGUCCAUAUACUCUCAAGUGGUUGUGCUGGACUUGUAGCUGCAACAAUGGGCACUCCCGCAGACGUCGUAAAAACGAGAAUUAUGAACCAGCCGACAGACGUCAAGGGAAAUGGUGUCUUGUACAAAAGCUCAAUUGAUUGCUUGAUGAAGACGGUGAAGAAUGAGGGUCUCUUUGCCCUGUACAAAGGUUUCUUCCCUGUCUGGAUCAGAAUGGCACCGUGGUCACUCACGUUUUGGUUGUCGUUUGAGAAAAUUCGCAGCACUAUUGGUGCCUCUGGCUUCUAGUAUGUUUUUCUCCUGUUAAACUGUAAAUGACUCUUAAAAUUGGAUUGUUUCCUGAACAAAACAAAAUAUCACGUCAAGGACACUAUUGCACUGGACUGCAACAUUCCUUUGAUGGAGGAUUAAGUUUUGGCUGAAUUAUGGAUUAUGGUUUAACUGUCGAACUUUCUUUCAAUUUGACGGCAGGACCAGUAAUUUCAAUAUUAAUAAUUGUUGUUUCCAAUAGGAGAACUGCAUGAUAGUAGCAUUUUACUAGAGAACUGAUUGAAUAACAAACACUACUUAGAACUCUUUAUUUUUUUUUGCUAAAGUAAAUAAUAUGCUAGAGACUGAGAGGGUCUUUUGGGCUUCACCAUGCAAAUAUAAAGCAUCACAGGAAAAAUUUUCAUUGGAGACUAGCGCAUAUUUUUGUAGUUCUGUUUCUAUUGAGCGUGUGGUGGAGUUACCAAUUUUUUUUUAACUUUAGUGACCUCAAAAUAAAUUUUUUUUUGAUUGACUAUAUACCAUGUAUUGUGCCAUAAAAGCCGUAACUCUCCAGACGAGUUGCUCAGAGUCAAUUUAGAGGGAAAAAAUAAAAAAAAAUUAUCCACAACUGUUAAAAAGCAGGGAUGCAAAUUAUGCAAGUAGAAAAA